AUUUACAUUUGUUGAAUACAGAGGAAAAAGGCCGGCACAUAGUGUGGGCCAGCACUGAAACUAAAGCUGUCUUGGUCUAAAUUUAAAACCGGAGACAGACUAGUCUCCCUUAUGGUCUGCAUAUCUCUUCUGAAGUUGCAUUUGACAGUAAUUGCUAGCAGUGGAAUUGUAAUUUGGUAGCACAUUAUUUAAAAUCAUGGCUUUGCACUGAUCGAGUAGAUUGUUCAAAUGGGAGCAUGUGAUGUAUAUUUGCACGUCUCCGCAGUUUAGCUGGUUUUCAAAGGCAGGUAUUCUUCCCGUGACGUUCCCGUCGCUCGCUCCCGUUCAUUCCUGCCGACUCAGAACCACGUGACCAAAACGCGGAAGCGCCACGAGCGGCGGAGCUUCGCUUCGGAGCGACUCUCGGCCGGCCGUCCCCUCCUUCUCCGCGGCCGUUGGAAACCGGGCUCCUGCCGGCGAGUGACAGCCAGGAGGAAAGCGAGCGAUACGACAAGCGGCGCGGGGAGCUACAUGUCCCUCUAGGGGGGCCGGAGAGCGGCGCUGCUUGGCGGCAUUGAUGGUGGUGCGCGGACACUGGGAAUGGGGCUCGCCGUCCGCGUACAGGAGCGGCAGCGUUACGGGUAGUUAACGUUAACUAACCACCGUGUCCGUGCGAUACAGUCGGCGGCUGUGCGUGUGACGAUGAGCAGUUACAGGGACGGGGCUGCCGAGUUCAGCCCGACGCGGAGCCCGGAGGAUGCUUCGGACGCCACCAGCGGCUGGGACAUGGGCAGCGACGCCUUUGAGUGCUGUUUCGAAGAGCCCGUGGGCGAGGCGAUGCACCGCGGCAUGAGAGCGCCGCAGCCCGGGCUGGACAGACACCUGCCGCUGCUGCACGACCGCCACGGGGCAGAACAGGACGGCAUGGUGCUGGGCCUAGUGGGGGAGGAUUAUCCCGGCUGUCACGCUCACCACGGGCCGGACUCCGCCUGCCUGGGGCGCGCUGGCGACCGGGACUACAGCGAAAGCGACGGCAACGUCGCCCCGAGGAAGAGGAACCGCUCGACCAGUUGUCGGCACCGGUACGAAGUGGUCAGCGAGCUGGGAGCGGAAGAGGUCCGCUGGUUCUACAAGGAGGACCGCCGAACCUGGAAGCCGUUUGUCGGGUACGACUCGCUGAAGAUCGAGCUCAUGUACCGCAAAUUCUGCGAGCUGAACCCAGGCAGGUCAAGCAAGGGGCCGUGCCCGGCGGAUGCGGAGGAUGAGGAGAAUCCGCGAAAAGAGGCGGCGGCCGCGCCGUCCGAGGGGGUCAAUGACGUGGCGACGAGACCGGCGGAGUCGGGGAUCAUCAGGGGGCUUGACGGCCGGAGGGCCGUCGAGAGAUGCGAUUCGGCGGACGGGGCGGCCGGCAUCGAUGUGGACCCGGUGUGUGUCCGGGGAGGUCUUUACGAGGUCGAUGUCAAAGACCGGGAGUGCUACCCCGUCUACUGGAACCAACAGGACCGCAUCCCGGUGAUGAGGGGGCAGUGGUUCACCGAUGGCACGUGGCUGCCCCUAGAGGAGGAGGAGAGUGACCUCAUCGAACUGGAGCACUUGGCGCGGUUCCGUGGACAACAGAUGCAAGAUGCCUUCGACACUGACACUGUCUCUACGACGGUGGACAGCAAGGACGCAAUCCACAGCCUCAAGCUGAGCCGUUCCCAUGUCGACUGGCACAGCGUGGAUGAGGUCUACCUGUACAGCGACGCCACCACCUCCAAGAUCGCUCGCACCGUCACGCAGAAGCUGGGUUUCUCCAAAGUGUCCAGCAGCGGGACGCGCCUGCACCGGGGCUACGUGGAAGAGUCGUCCUUGGAGGACAGGCCCCCCCAGACCACGCACCUCGUCUUCGUUGUCCACGGCAUCGGCCAGAAGAUGGACCAGUUACGCAUCAUUAAAAACACCGGCAUGAUGAGGGAUGCAGCCAGAAAGAUGGAGGAGAAGCACUUUUCAGAGCGGGCCCCUGAGCACGUGGAGUUCCUCCCUGUGGAGUGGAGGUCCAAGCUGUCCUUGGAUGGAGACACCGUGGACUCCAUAACACCGGACAAGGUGCGUGGGCUGAGGGAUAUGCUGAACAGCAGUGCUAUGGACAUCAUGUACUACACCAGUCCUCUGUACAGAGACGAGAUCACCAAGGGUCUGACCCAGGAACUGAACAGACUGUACACACUCUUCUGCUCACGGAACCCAGAGUUUGAGGAGAAGGGGAAGGUCUCCAUCGUGUCCCACUCCUUGGGCUGCGUCAUCACCUUCGACAUCAUGACGGGGUGGGACCCCAUGCGCUUCUACCUGCAGGAGGCGCUGGAAGCCGUGGAGACGGACGCCAGCAAGGCUGGCUUCAAGGAGCGUGACCUUCUGGAGCAGCUGUACCUGACGCGCCUGCGGCUACGAGAAUUAGAAGAUCAGCUGGAUAGUCUGCACCCCUCUACCACCCUCGCUUCCCCAGCCUUGAAGUUCAAGGUGGAGAACUUCUUCUGCAUGGGUUCUCCCCUUGCCGUGUUCCUGGCACUGAGAGGCAUCCGGCCAGGAAACAGCGGCACGCAGGAUCACAUCCUGCCCAAAUCCAUCUGCCAGCGCCUGUUUAACAUCUUCCACCCCACGGACCCAGUGGCCUACAGGCUGGAGCCCCUCAUCCUGAAGCAUUACAGCAACAUUGCACCUGUCCAAAUACACUGGUACAACACCACAAGCCCCACGCCGUACGACCAGAUCCGGCCAACCCUGAUAAACCCAGCGAAGGAGGCCACGUCGGACACGGAGAGCAAUCCCAGCCCCAGCACGUCUCCCGUGAUGACCCGCCGGCACUACGGGGAGUCCAUCACCAACCUGGGCAAGGCCAGCAUCCUGGGCGCGGCCAGCAUCGGCAAGGGCAUCGGGGGUAUCCUCUUCUCGCGCUUCUCGCGCUCUUCCAGCCAAGCGUCUGGUGCUGAGGGCAUGGCCGCCGAAGGUGAGGGCCAGUGUGCAGAGGGAUCAGGCUCUAUGUCACCCUCUACCUCCACCUCCACCGUCAUGGACACGUCAUUGGAGCUGGAACGCCGCAUCGACUUCGAGCUGCGUGAGGGCCUCGUGGAGAGCCGCUAUUGGUCGGCGGUGACGUCGCACACAGGCUAUUGGUGCUCGCACGAUGUGGCCCUGUUCCUGUUGACGUUCAUGUACCAGCAAGAGGACCUGGCCGAGAUCAGCGCACAGAGCCCCGUGUCCGUGUGACAUGUAGCAUGCAGUGUAGCCGCCACGCCCCUCCAAACAUACAUGAACACACGCACAUAAACACGCGCACGCAUGCGCACACACACGUCCUUCUACUCUCUGGAAUUGCACAAACAAGAGUGUAUGGUGUGAGUACUGAUACACGCUUGCAGUGAAGGAUUAUCCUGUGCCAUCGAGCAGACCCCACAGUCUCGACUCGUGCUGACUGCCGGGACCAUCCCGGGGUGUCUAGGUUGCGGAGAGGUGUCUGUCUGUCACGCGCAGCCCUCCCCCCACGGAUCUGCGGUCACCUGCGGGUCUCCGGGCCCCGGCCUCGUCAGGUACGACCCCGAGUUCUGACUUCCUGUUCGAUCUCCGUUGCCCAUAAUAAUUUUUUAAUGACUGGUAUGCGGUGCAGUAUGAUUGCUGAAUACGGUGAAACAGUAAGGGAAAUAUCUAUGCCAUGGAGAGGAAAAUAUCAUGUUACAUUGUUUUUAUUUCCCACUAAUGGCAGUUCUGCAUCAUUUUUCUUUAGUAUAAUUUUUUUAAAAUAGCUUUACUGGGUUAAUAAGACGACUAUUGCAGUUUUUUUUUCGUUCGGUUAGGAUUUUCUAAAUUUAUCCUUUUUAAAAUUUUCUUUUGCACAGUUCUUUUAUUUUUUGUUUACUGGAUCCUGAGUAAAUGUUUACAAUGUUCCCCAUUCAUAUCUAGCAUUUGUGGCAGGUUUUCAUCUACAUCGCAUUAAUUCUGUGUAUUUACCAUAGUUAUUGUUGUUACCUUUGCAAUAUGCCAUUCCAGCAUGUGGCCAAACCAUUUUCCCAAUAUUUUAUUGGUCGCCUUAUAUUACAGAGCGGAACAGCUUCAUUAGCGAGUUAAUAGUCGAAGUGGGAGGGGCCUGAAUCCGUAAACCGCGAGAGACCUGGCUAGUUUACAAAGAUUCAUUAAACCAUUUCUUGCUGAAGCAAAAUUAAUAAUACUACUUACUAUGUAUUGAAUUGGGAUAAAAAAAAAUGUGGAUAUAUAUUUUUGAAAUUUUGCAGAAACUAAUAUUUAUUGCAGCACAUUAGGCAAUAUGGAGGUGACGACUGCCGGAUUGUUAUAUUCUUUGCUUCCAGCAGGUGUCACUGUUCACUCCGAGCUUUGUAGCCGCAGCCAAUGUUUGUGUGAAUAGCUGUUUUAACAUCCCGUGACAAUGGCAUACAGUGCACCACGUUAGACCAGUGCCACAUCCCAUGGAUCGAUGCAGGACUUUGUGCAGAGGACUCAUCUAGCAGGUUCACGUGGAGCUCUGAUGGGGCUCUUCUCCUCCAAUAUGUGUACGUGCUGGGGAAGAUACUCGCAAAAGUAAUCCAUUACAGACCAGAAAGUACAAAUCCAGACCAAGGUUUUGUUUCAACCAACCAGUUUAUUAUAAAGAGUCACAUUCGAGGAAUACUCAACUGGUUGGUUGAAACAAAACCUUGGUCUGGAUUUGUACUUCCUGGACCUGAACUCUCCACCGCCGCUGUAAUGGAUUACUUUGUGAGUUUCUUUCCCAACACUGCGACAGCUGACUGACAGAGAUGAGCAGAGCGGUGCCGAGAUUUCCUCUUAACAUUUGUCUGAUUCUAGUAAGUUGCUUUUUGUCAGUCAUCGGCUGCUGUAUCCUUAUGCAUUCCCCACCAAAUAGUUUCAAAUGUCCUUGUGCUUUAGCUGCAGUAGAGUACAAAGCCCUCAAUGUCAUGAUAAGCUUUAACUCCUAGCUUCCAGCGAACAUGCACAGAUGCCUUAGGGAACGUUUUGAAACCUGUUCUGCGGCCGUGUUGUUCACCAAUGGCCCAUGUCAGAGCUGGGCGGCGGUGGCGGGGGGGGGGGUUAAACGAUUGUCCCUACAUUUCAAAUCUUUUUAUUACCUAGAACAUUCACCAGAGCAUAUACUUAAGGUAGUGUGGGUGAGAUAAUCUGAAUGAGGCGGUUCCCAGGGUGUAGGGACAGGCAAAGUAAUUAAGUCUCUAAGUAGUUUUUUUUUCCUGAACGGCCACUAGAGGGCAGACUCUGUACGACUCCCUUCUGUAAAACCCUGUCAAGCAGCCAGCCUUGGGUUACUGCAUUCUGACACUGUGUUCAUUUACUAGCAUUAACAUUUCACAGUCCUAACACUAUGUAUGUUGUAUUGGCAAUUUAGCUUCUUUAGUACAUUGCACAAAUGGGAUUUAGCUCGCUCAAAAGUGCCAUAAAACCUUAUAAUUAGGUUUUUUCUUUUUCAGGGUGUCACACUUUGUUUCGACUACAUGUCUUUUUUUUGUAUACAUUUGUCAAUUUUGGAUGUGGGCAAUAUGUCGUAUUUAUUGUAUAUGGAAACCUAGCUGACCAAAUGAUGCAUAGGCUCAUGAGUCUGGGGGGAGAAACUCAGAGCUAUGCAUGGAAGGACACAGGCACCAUUACUAAACAUGAAGGUUUAACUGGAUUAUAAUGCCAUUAGUCACUCCUCGAGUUUCCCAUAGAGCUUCUUUCCCAUCUGAGUGAUGUUAGAGUAAAUCUCCUUUAGAUUUAGUGUUCUUCGACUGUUAACGGACACAUUUGUUUUCUUUUCUGUUAACCAAAAAUCUGUUAACUUGUCUGACAUGUGCUGUGGUGCUCUACUUUAAUAAACCAUUUUAUCCAUUAAAGUAAA